AGACCAGCUCAGACCGUCGGCUUCAUCAUCGCUGUUCGUGCUGCUCUAUCUGUAUAUUGGUGAUUUCAAAUCUGUUAGAAACCUCACUUCAGGAGGGAUCGUGUUUCAGGCCAGAGGUGACUGCGUUCCGGCGUACAAACACCUCAUCUCAUCGCAUCCUCUGCUCCCGAACGGAUGGCAUCAACAUCUCGGCGAUGGGACGCGUUAAGACAGCGCGAGUUCGCUCAGUACGUGUUAGAAGAGAAAGGCAGCUACUUCCCGAGUUUAUCAGAAAUGAAGAAGAGUGAAUCAGUCACUCUAGCCAAUGUCAAGCAACAGAUCAAAGACCUCGAGAAUCGCCAUGACAGGGACCUUCAGAACUUGUUCAAGCAUCAAGCAGAUCAAUAUCUUGAUGAAGCACUUGAUCGGUACCUCCAGUAUGAUGACGAUCUUGCUCUCCCAGCAUCGCAACAGACAUCCCAUGUGGACUUUGAUGAUCCUGCGGCGAUAUUGGGGAGGUUGUACAAGCUCUCGCGGAAGGUGACUCUUAGCGGACUCAACGAUGAACUGAGCCAGAUACGUGACGCUCACGUGAAGGCAUUGGCUCCUUUGUACAAACAGAAGGCGGAGCUAGAGAUCAAGGAGGAGGCUGCGCGCCGCCAACAACUUGCCAUGUUUCCGCGGUCGGUUGACGAAUAUCGAAGGACCACAAGCAAAGACGCCCAAGUGCGAAUUGCGAGGUUUCUAGCUGCAGACCACGCUCAGCAGCUCAAGAUGUUAAACGAGUACAAUUGGGUAUGGAGACAAGUUCAGCCACUUCUGGAUGUGUAUAAGUCGGAUCCUAGCUUCAAGCUAGACAUAAACAAAACCAAGGAUGUCGAAGUAGUUGACCCACGACGCAGAUUACCUGCAAUGCAGAAACGUUAAUAGAAUUAUAGUACCGCACCUUACGGGAUAAGAGCGAGUUUCUCGCAUAUGGGUAGGAAGGUUCUCGACAUCAUUACAUGUACUUACUGUUUCGUCAGAUGCUGUAGUUGGGUUGAUCGGCUUGGGGUCGUCGUGAUGGUGAGCGAUCUCUCACUAAUGUACAAGAUGCAUCAAGGGGUACUCUGCCAGGGUACAGCCCGCCCCUAGAUGGCCCUUCUUUCGCUGGUAUUUAUCGCCGUCAAUGAUAAUCAAGUUGUAUC